AUGAGCCAGAACAUCGACACCGCACUCUUGCAGAACCUCGACGAGGGCGCACGCAAGGAGGUUCUUGCGUUCAUCCAGCAGGAAUCGUCCAAGGCGAAGAUCCAGACGUCGGUCACCCAGUUCACCGACAUGUGUUUCAAAAAGUGCGUCACCGCAGACAUCACCACCGGCACUCUCGCCGCCGGUGAGGAGCAGUGCGUCAGCGACUGUCUUAACCGUUUCCUGGACACCAACAUCAAGGUUGUCCAGUUGCUCCAGGCCCUUCAGAGAUAG